CCCUCCCACUCUCUCCCUCCCUUUUAGACUGCUGGGGCAUUUGGAAAGUACACUAAAAAAGUAGCUGCUCAGCAGAAGAUGGGAUCUGGCUUUUCAACUUACCGGCCCAAGGCAAUUUAUUUGGAUAUUGAUGGAAGAAUUCAAAAGGUGGUCUUUAGCAAAUACUGCAGUUCCAGUGAUAUUAUGGAUCUAGUCUGCAUUGCAACUGGUUUACCAAGGAAUACAACAAUCUCACUUUUAACCAUAGAUGAUGCUAUGGUCUCUAUUGAUCCAACAAUGCCAACAAAUUCAGAAAGCACUCCUUACAAAGUGAGACCCGUGGCCAUCAAACAAUUCUCUGAGAAAGAGGAAUUAUUCCAGAGUGUGUUGACACAGGUUGCUGAGCAGUUUUCAAGAGCUUUCAAAAUCAAUGAACUGAAAACCGAAGUUACUAAUCACUUGGCAAUGCUGGAGAAACGAUUUGAAUUGGAAGGACUAAAAGUAGUGGAGAUUGAAAAAUGCAAAAGUGACAUCAAAAAGAUGAGGGAAGAGAUGGCUUCAAGAAAUAACAGGACAACCUGUCCCUGUAAGUAUAGUUUUUUGGAUAACAACAGGAAGUUGAUGCCACAGAGAGAUGUCUCAGUGUAUCCAAAGUACAUGCUUUCUCAAGAGACCAUAGAAGCUCUCAGGAAGCCUACAUUUGAUGUCUGGCUCUGGGAGCCCAAUGAGAUGCUAAGCUGUUUAGAACACAUGUACCAUGAUCUUGGUCUAGUCAAAGAUUUUAAUAUCAACCCUAUCACGCUGAAGAGGUGGCUGCUCUGCAUCCAUGACAACUAUAGAAACAACCCCUUUCAUAACUUUCGACACUGCUUCUGUGUGACCCAGAUGAUGUAUUGCAUGAUAUCUCUCUGCUUUCUCCAGGAAAAGUUUUCUCAAAUGGAUAUUUUAGUUCUAAUGACUGCAGCUGUUUGUCAUGAUCUGGAUCACCCAGGAUACAAUAAUACUUACCAGAUUAAUGCGCGCACAGAGCUUGCAAUACGCUACAAUGACAUUUCACCUUUGGAGAACCAUCACUGUGCAGUGGCUUUCCAAAUCAUUUCCCAGCCUGAAUGCAAUAUUUUCUCCAAUGUAGCACCAGAAGACUUCAAAAAGAUAAGGCAGGGGAUAAUUACAUUAAUCUUGGCCACUGACAUGGCAAGACAUGCAGAAAUUUUGGAUUCUUUUAAGGAAAAAAUGGAAAAUUUUGACUACUCAAAUGAGGAACACAUGAUUUAUCUAAAGAUGAUAUUGAUAAAAUGUUGUGAUAUAUCCAAUGAAGUACGGCCAAUGGAAGUAGCAGAACCCUGGGUUGACUGUUUAUUAGAAGAAUACUUUAUGCAGAGUGACAGAGAAAAAUCUGAAGGACUUCCAGUGGCACCUUUCAUGGACCGAGAUAAAGUGACCAAAGCUACAGCCCAAAUUGGAUUCAUCAAGUUUGUCCUGAUCCCAAUGUUUGAAAUAGUUACCAAGCUUUUUCCUAUGGUUGAAGAAUUGAUGCUUCAGCCUCUUUGGGAAUCUAGAAAUCGUUAUGAGGAAUUAAAAAAAAUAGAUGAUGCCAAGAAAAAGGCCAUCUAUGAGGAAAACUAGAAGACUGCUGGAUUCAGUUAUGGAUUGGUCUGCAAAGUGUCUUGGGAUUCUUCAACACUGAACAAAGAUGAUCCUUCCUGAAGUCUUACAGGACCUUAUUUUCUAAGAACUGAUGGAAAAACUAAGGGAAGAGGGGAGGGAGGUGCUGGAGGAAAGGAGAAUGGAAUUCAUCAUAGUUUAUAGAAUUUUAUUUUUAAACUGUCUUUUAAAUAACAUAUUCUUAUACAGAAACGGGUACUAUUCUUACUUUGUACAUUUGUGUGUAAAAUAGCUACUUUUGUUCCAAAAUAAACACUUAUUGAAUAAAUGUUUAAUUGAAAACAGGAAGCAUUUCUACUGUUCAUGUAUAUGGGGAAGGACAUUUGUACUUUUAUCUAGAAUGUAUUUUAGAACAAUUGACUAGCAUAAUGAGGUAUAUAGAUGACACCUAGCUACAAUAUUAAAAUUUGGAAUGGCAUAUGUGUACUGGCAAAUAGAAUGUGUUUGUGUAAUGUAUUUCUGCAAUAAGUAAGACUGAGAUGCAUACAUAUGUAACGUGGACAUAUAGGAUAUGAUAUUGUCAGCCUACACAGUAUUAAUUGUGGAUAUGCUGAUUCAGUAUGCUAUGAGUCCAUGUAAACAUGUACAAUGAUUGUGAAUGAAAACAAAAAUAUACCCAUUUCCAGUGAAAUGAUUAUUUAAAUAUUUGCUCUAAAGAUUAGGGAGAGCAAUAAUUUCAAAAAAGUUGAAGUUUUAGGAAGGCAAAGCUACUUUUGACUAGAUUCUUAUCAGAACUAUUUGAUAAAUUAUCCCUUUAAAUGUUCUAGGGAUAUUCUGCAAAACAAGACACCCAUGGAAGUUGAAGACAAAACCUAUUAUUUAUAUUUCUGCUUUAAUUCUUCCUGAAAAAGAAUUAGACAUACACUAAGCCAUAUGUCUUCCAACUUCAAGGCUCAGUUUGUUUUUGUUUUUGUUUUUUAAGCCUAGAUCAUUUUUUUUUUUUUUGCAGGGCAAUGGGGGUUAAGUGACUUGCCCAGGG